AAUUUGGUUAAUGGAAGUCUGGGUUAUAAUAAUUAUAGUCAUCGGUGCCGUUUCAGGAUCAACGGUCUUGUACAUAUUUUGCACAAAAAAAUCAAAAAGUAAAACAAAAAAAGAAACCAAUUAAGAACAUCUAAUUGACGAGAAAGGUGAAUUGGGAUAAAUGAAUUCUAAUGAUAAAAAAACCUAUUACAUCAAUAAUCAAAACCAAAAUAAAAAUUAUAUAGAUACCUAUUCUUAUGAUGUAAAAUAGGAUACUCAAACUAAUCAAAAAAAUAAAGAAAAUUAUGGAAGAGACUAAGCAAAAUAAUAAAAUAUUUAUUAAAACAAUAAAUCAUCUAAUACAGUGGCAAUAGAUAUUAAACCAAAUAAUUCUUAACACAAUAUGUAACAAAAUAUUUUAUAAUAAACAGACGAAUAAAAACCAUAAUAAAUAUACUAAAAAAUUGAUAAAGGAUAAACGAAUUUAGGAAAAAAUGACUUACACACUUAUGAUUAAUCACAGAAUGAUGCAAUUAUUAAAAUUGAUUCACCUGUUUUAGAGAAAAUUGACUCUCAACUACCCAUUUCAUAAAAUAAUCAGGAUAAUUAAAAAUACAACUAUCAGUAAAAGGAAUUACAAUAUAAUUAUGAUAAUUAAUAAUAAAAUAAUCAGAAUUCGUAUUUAUAAAAUAUUAAAAAUGACGAAGAAUAAAAUAUUGAUAUUGUGUAAUAAUAGAAUUAUGAUAAUUAAUAACAUAAUAAUAAGAAUGCAUCUUUAUAAAAUACUAAAGAUGUCUAAGAAUAAGAUAUUGAUAUUGCGUAAUAAUAGAAUUAUGAUAAUUAAUAAUAAAGUAAUAAGAAUGCAUAUUUACAAAAUAUUAAAGAUGUCUAAGAAUACAAUAUUGAAAGUGAGUAAUUAUAACAGAAUUGGAAUAAUUAAUAACAAAAUAAACAGAAUGAUUAUGAAUAAAAUUUUGAGAAUGUCAAUUAUGAGAAUGAUUCAAUGGACAAGGGCAAUUAAUAAUAAAGUAAUAAGAAUAUAAUUAUAUCAAUAGAAUCCCCGGAUAAUUAGAAAUUAGUGGAUAAUGCUGUUCAACCUGAUAUACCAAAACCUGAGGUAAUACCUAAACCUGUGAUUAAAAUCAAGCCAUUAGAAAGUUUACAGUAAAUAAUUAAUGAGACUUCCAAAAAAAGAGAAUUAGCAGAAGAAUAUAAAUAUUAUAUCAGAAGAUAUUAAGGCAAAUCGGAAUUGAAAAAAAAUUAUGGCCUAACUUUAAAAGCAAGUGUAGAAUUAUAUAAAUAUUGUAAUGCGUUUAGGGAAGUUAGAGGGGAUGGUAAUUGUUUUUACACUGCUUUUGGAUUUUAAUUCUUAUCUAUUUUACUAUUUGAUUAUUCCUUAGACUAAUUUAAUGAAUUUUUUAAUAGAAUUAAACAAAUUGAAUUACCAAUGAAAAUAUUCGUUGCUGGUACAGAUUUGAAAAUUGAUGAUAAAGAAUUAGAAAAAUACCUAUUAGAUGAAUUUUAACGUAGAAUGAUUAAACUUAAAUCAAUAGAAGAUAUAAAUUAAAGAGAAGAAUAAUUUCAUACCGAAUUUGCUGCCUAUGAAAAAUAAUCAGACGAAAUUGAUGGGUGUUUAUAUGGACUAUCAACCUUAUUUUUUAGAAAUUAUUCUAAUUACGUUAUCGAUUUUAGUGAUGCCAAAGAUGCAGUUUAUGAUAGAGAAAAAUUAUUAUAUUGGGAAGAAGAAUGUAAUAGUAAUGAAGUUGUUAUUGCAGAGUUGGCUAAGUAAUUAAAUAUGUAAAUAUUUAUUAUCUAUUACAAGUCUUGUUUAGUUAAUAUUUAUAGAAAAUAAAGAAAAUAUAGUAGUGAGGGAGUAUGGAAACAAUAAAGAACAUAAAAUUAUAUUAUUAAUUAAGCCUGGACAUUAUAACAUCGGCUAUUUUAAGCAAGAUGAUAAUAAGAAUUAAGAAAUUUCUGACCCUUAACCUGCAAUUACAAUUAAUCAAUUAGAAAGUUUACAGCAAAUAAUUAAUGAGACUUCCAAAAAAAGAGAAUUAGCAGAAGAAUAUAAAUAUUAUAUCAGAAGAUAUUAAGGCAAAUCGGAAUUGAAAAAAAAUUAUGGCCUAACUUUAAAAGCAAGUGUAGAAUUAUAUAAAAAUUGUAAUGCAUUUAGGGAAGUAAGAGGGGAUGGUAAUUGUUUUUACACUGCUUUUGGAUUUUAAUUCUUAUCUAUUUUACUAUUUGAUUAUUCCUUAGACUAAUUUAAUGAAUUUUUUAAUAGAAUUAAACAAAUUGAAUUACCAAUGAAAUUAUUUGUUCCUGGUACAGAUUUGAAAAUUGAUGAUAAAGAAUUAGAAAAAUAACUAUUAGAUGAAUUUUAACGUAGAAUGCUUAAGCUUAAAUCAUUAGAAGAUAGAAAUGAAAGAGAAGAAUAAUUUCAUACCGAAUUUGCUGCCUAUGAAAAAUAAUCAGACGAAAUUGAUGGGUGUUUAUAUGGACUAUCAACCUUAUUUUUUAGAAAUUAUUCUAAUUACGUUAUCGAUUUUAGUGAUGCCAAAGAUGCAGUUUAUGAUAGAGAAAAAUUAUUAUAUUGGGAAGAAGAAUGUAAUAGUAAUGAAGUUGUUAUUGCAGAGUUGGCUAAGUAAUUAAAUAUGUAAAUAUUUAUUAUCUAUUACAAGUCUUGUUUAGUUAAUAUUUAUAGAAAAUAAAGAAAAUAUAGUAGUGAGGGAGUAUGGAAACAAUAAAGAACAUAAAAUUAUAUUAUUAAUUCAGCCUGGACAUUAUAACAUUGGCUACUUUGAUGAACCAUAAUAAUUAGAAGAAAAUUAAGAGUAAUAGUAAAAAGAGGAAAAAUAAUUAUGA